AGCAGCCCCGGCACCUAGCUUUGGUGCCGCUUACGGCACCGUGCUGAUGGUACUCAGCUCGCAAUGGCACCUUUUGGUGCAUUCAUGGCACCCUGCAGCUGCCAUCCACUUGGCUUUCUCUGCUUCUAUGCUGACUCAAUUGGCCAGGGACUUGAGUCAGCUGGCUUGCAUGGAGCUUGACUCACCUGGCUUGGAGCUUCAUUCAGCUAGUCUGGAGCAUUUCUGCAAAGUUGCUAAACAGUGUAUCUCCAUACGUCCUCACGCUGUUAAGGGAAGAGAGGCUGCCCUCAUCAGCCAGGGAUUUAUGGUGUGCAACCUUGUUUCAAAUGCAAUUGGGUUCUCUUGGAACAUGGCGAGGACUCGCCCCCCCGGAAGGACCAAGUCUGAUCACUGGGUUCGUCAGGCGGCACGACAUGCGUGCCCCGCAGACGACAGAGACUGCAUUACAAUCAGCGCCGAGAAGCAGGAGGCUCUCAUCGCUGCUGUCAACACGCGAGGCGAGGCUGAACCUACCCUGUGCCACCGGCGGCGCCAGGAGUUCGAGGGGGUGCAAGCUGCUUGUGGAUCCUCGCCAUUCCGUCCUGAGGGCGAGCCCAUGCUGGGACAUGCUCAAGUAGCUUCCAAGCGGCCCUCCCUCGAGGACCCAUCGCUCGACGCGUGUGCUGCUCAGGGCGUCAGUCCUACGCACUCCCCCCAAGCUGCCCUCGACAACUCGCAGGACGAUGCCUUUAGCUUCUCUACAAUCCGGGCGCUCGUGAGAGCCGCGCUGACCGGAUCGCCGAAUGAUUCGAAGAGGGGCCAGCGCGUCUUUCGGAAGCAUGCAGGAACGGUGUGCCGUCGCGCUCGGGAGGAGGCUGGCCCUGCCGGCCUUCUGUGGUCGAGAGCCGCUUGGGAGGGCAGCUUGCAUGCAGCGAAGACCGGCCUCGAGUGGCUGGCAGAAACGUCGGAAGUCGUUCUGCUGGACGGUUUCAAGGAGGUGCUGGCUGCGACAAAGAGGGCUCACCUUGAGGGGCUCGAGCAGCCAGCAAGUGCGUCCAGCAGGCCUAGGCAUGCGGCAAGAGAGAAGACGGCUGGCAUGGCUCGCUCCCCAGCUGGCAAUCCUAGAAAGAGAGCGGCUCAGCGCUCUGCACGUUCACUUGGCAAACCCGCAGACCAAGAUGAUCUGCAUACUCUUCAAUGUAACAAGUGUGGCGCCACUGCGGAGUUUGCUCUUCGGGGCAGCAAGGAAGGGGGGCAAGUCAAGUACUUUUGCGCAGAGCAUGGCGGUUCCAACGGCUGUUUCCGCGUUGACAGGGACCGUGCAGCUUGGGCGCAGAACCAGGCUGAUCUGCGCAAGUUGAGGGCAGAAGUAGCCAGGCUCGGAAAAGAGCUACGGCAAAUGGGAGGGGGAUCGCCCGCCCCUGAACAUACCUGCAGCCAGUCAGCAUGCCACGAGCCCUGGCAAAGUGAACCGUACUGGGAUACGUCGCCCAAACCCAGAUGCCUCUUAGUAAAGCUGCUGAUGAUUGGUGGAGUCGAGAGCAAUCCCGGACCUGCAUCAGAUGAGAUGAGCCCGGACAGGGCCAGCCCGGCAGCGCCUGGCGGGCCCAUCCCAGAAGAUGACGUCAGCGCCGCUCGAGCUGCUCCCCAGCUGCCGUCCCUUGAGGACCUGAUUGCCGAGGCACUGGAGGAAGCCCGGGAGAAAGAUGGAGCGGGAGACGGGGGGGAGAGGCUCCUCAAGAGCACAGACAAGGCCAGCCGGCGCAGGUCGCGGAGGAUCGAUGACGAUCCGGAGGAGGAAGGUCCGCAGUCUUUGCAAAGACGCAGGGUGGUUUUCCUUGAGGACGAUGACGAGGAAGACGGUGGGGAAGUUCCGACGGCCCCGCCUCCUUCAACUGCGGAGGGACGCGAAGCUGAACCUACACAGCCACCGGCGUCAGCUGCUGGCGGAUCGGGGAUGGUCGGUGGCCAGAAACGGUCUUCAGACUGGAGGAGCCCCAUGGUCAACUCCAGAGCUGGUGCCAAGCCCAGAUCGGGAGCUCCCAGGGAGGCUGGUUCGGAGCCGUUCCAACUCGAUGCUGCACACGGUCAGGCCCCCAACCCGACGGCAGCCGGUGAGGAGGCAGAGGAGCUGACGCCGGCGGGCACCCUGGAGGCGGAGCCGACGCCGGCGGACAGACUGGAGGAGGAGCCGGUGCCACCGGAUGAGGAGGAUAGGGGCCGGCCCGUCGAACGAAGCGCAGAAGAACGGGCUGCGCAGCGAAUGUCAACGUCCGUCGGCCCUGGAGCGCAUAAGGGCAAGCAUGCUGCCAAAAAGAAGCGCAAGAAGAAAGCGCAGCCUGCUGCCAACGUGGACCGGGAAGCAGCAGCAGAGGCCGUUGCAUCCCACCGACGGACUUUGGAGAGUCUCACCAGGGUUGCAGGGGUUGCCACAGUGUCCGCUGCCGGUCAGGGCGCUGGGCAACCCCCGAGGCACCAGACGGACAUGCGCGACUUUGCUCCGCUGCCGCCAACUACUCCAACGCCUUUGGUGACUGCCGCUCCGAUUCCGAACGUGGGUGAGCUCCACAUACGUGUGCAAGAGAAGUGGGCAGCGGACGCGGCCGCCGCGCAAGCAGAAAGGCUCAAGGUGUACGGACGUCAGCGUCCCCUCGGUCAGCACACCCGGCCGGUUGGAAACGAGCAACCCGUAGCGGACCAGGCCCCCUCUGAGCCCCUCUCCAACCCAAACCAGUCCCCACAGUCCCCUCAGCCCACUCAGCCCCUCGCACCUUCGGAUCAGCCGUCGGCAUGUGCAAUUGAGGAGCCUUCUGCAGCGGAUGAUCAGCCCAACUCUCCGGGCCAGUUCCCUACAGAGCCCUCGAGCCAGCCCUCUAGCCAGCCCUCUGCUCCAGACGCCCCUCUUUCGCUGCCUGCUCUGGAAGACGAGCCCGGAGCGCCGGAUCAGCCAGGCCUCCCCGUGGACCAGCCCACCAUUGGAGGCGGAAUGCGAGACGGGCGUCCGGGCGGCGCUUCGGACCAGCCGGGUCCUGCCCUGGGGGAGCCCGUCGCGGCCGGGCUUGAGCAGCCCUCUACUGGUGACGAGCGCCCUGCAGCGGACAAGCCCGACCCGCCCGACCAGCCCAACCAGCCCGACCAGUCUGAGGCGGAGGAAAUGGGCCCAUGCGAUGCGCGCUGGUGUUCCAAGCUGGUCGCGGCGCUCGAGCACAUGCAAGCUAACGGGCACAAGAUCGCUGUGGCAAAGGACGUCCACGCUGCUGGCGCGAAGUCGUUCUCGAGCUUCAAGGACUUGGAGUCCCUGGUUGCGUAUCGCAAGCAGCUCGGCAGCAGAGCUUUCCUCAACGAGGUCAUCCUCGAUGAGGCAUGCUGGCGCAUCUACUUCGACUUUGACUACAAGGGCGCGGCUGAGGACCCCGACGACUUUAGCAGGCGGCUUGCCAGCUUCCACCAAGUCAGGGACCAGUUCUUGAGCUCGGUCCUGCACGUCUCUCCGGCGGCCGCCAGCUUCCAAUCGAGCGAGGCACACGGCCCCAUUCCCUCGGGGAGUGGCUUUAAGUACAGUGUCCACGAAGUGCUGCGGGGCUACCAUCUGAAGGGGUUAGAGGCGAGGAGGGCGUUCGGAAAGGCGUUCGAGAGCUUUCUUAACGACCCCCCGGACGAUCUAAAAGUGAGCGUAGAGCUGCUUAGGAAGGACGGCGGCUCCGACUACCUCUGGGACGCUUCCGUUUAUAGCAAGAACCGGUGCUUCAGGAUGCUCCACUCCUCAAAGCUUGGGGACCCUUUCCGCUCUCUCGUUCCCUCAGAAGGCAGCUCCCCCAAACUCGCCGACCACCUGGUUUGUCUCUACUCGGAGGAGGAGCUGCUAAUCUCCACGGAGCUUGAUGAUGCUGGCCUCCUCAAUCCGUGGGCGUCCCCCCAAACGGCAGCCCCUGCCGCCCCUGUCCCCACCUCCCGUCAAGGAGCCUUCCGGGAGAGGGCUCUGGACAUUGACGAAGCGUCUACUUCACGGGGGCUGGAAGAGGGCCUCAGCGAGCAGGAGGAGCGCAUCCUCCUCGGUCGCUACCAGGAGGACCACCCAGGUGCGGAGGUCGACCGGGUGGUGCAGGAGCGGCCGGGGCUGUUCUUCGUGCACUUCCGCGCCCCCGAACCGACGUGCUGCAUCGCGGGCAGGCGCCACUCUUCCUUGGGCAACCAGAACCCGUACCUGAUCUAUAAACGGAACGAGCCGCGGGUGGCCCGCUACCAGUGUUUCGCGAAUAGCUGCAGGGGCGAGUGCCGUGUGCUGCCUCUGGACAUGCAGACCAUCUUCGGCUGGACGGAGGACUACGAGGACAACAUGCGCAUGCAGCCCUAUCCAGUCUUCGGGCUCGAGAGGGUCCAGAAGCGGACCAUCCUGGUCUCGGCCAAGAAAGGGGUUGGAAAGUCCAAGGCUUUCAUCAAGUGGCUGAUUGAGAUGGUCAAGAAGAACCCGGAACUCUCUUUCAUUCUGAUCGGAGCCAAUAUCUCCCUCUCUCGCAAGUACUACCAGGAUCUUGUUGAUGCGGGCAUCGAAGGCGUGGUGCUUUACCAGGAGGCGCCGCCUGGAAAGAUUGAGGCGGCGCGCGUUGUCUGCUGCAUCAACAGCAUCCACAGAGUCCGUGCUGGCAUGGACAUAGUCGGUAUGGACGAGAUGGACAUGGUGCUCACGAAUCUCAACUCGGAGGUGAUGAGCAAGCGGAAGCAGGUGCUGUCGUGCUUGGAGGCGGACGUGGCAUCGGCCCGGGUCGUCAUCGGCAUGGACGCCAACAUCGACUGCGCGCGGGUGAUGGAGUACCUGUUCAUGGUGCGUCCGGAUGCGGCCCUCUACACCAUUCGGAACACUGGGCUUUACCCCGCCUCGAGACGUGCGACCAUUCGGAUCUUCCCACCCGAAAGCUCCAUGCUGGCCUGCGUCGACACCGCAGCACGAGAUGUCCUCGAUCGUGUGGCACGAGGCGUGAAAGUUGUGAGCCCGUCCACGACUAAGCGGUACGUCAAGCAUCUCGAGCACUUCUUUCUGGAGGAGAACAAGCCGUCUAAAUCAGACCGGCAGGGCAUAUUCCUUCACGCCGACAAGAAGUCCAAGGAGGACGAGGACUUCUUUCGUCGGGCAAUGGCCGACCCCGACAAAUACCUUGAGGCUGACUGUGUGGCCUUCUCUCCCAAGUUGGGGCCUGGUGUCUCGAAGGAGAGGGCUUAUGCGGAGGAGACUGUCGCUUUUGCUCUGAACAGUCUGCACGGCCCCACCGUCGAGACCUUGCUUCAGCAGCACGCCCGUUUUCGCACGGUUACCGAUUCAACUAUCUAUUACAAGCAGAUUGUUUCCCCCGUUGUUGACCUGCCAAAGACCACAGAGCACGUGUUUCUAGCAAUUGAGCGUGAUGAUAAGCAGCUUGCAAAGAUGCUUGGAGACGUUGCUAGCCUGGAUUUUCUAGAGGGUUCCCGAGCUGUCUGUGAUCGCUCGUCCGCCAGCUGCGUGCUCUAUGCAAACAAUAUCCUGGCAAAGGUGGAGAGCUAUAUCCAGUAUAUCCCGAAGCUGAAGGCGGACCUGGAAAGGCAAGGGUUCCAAGUGUCGAUCGAGUAUAUCGAACCUCAGGUAAAGGGCGCCCCUCCUUCGGAGAUACCUCCUGGUUUUGACGAGGGAGACAACCUCAUAAGCGACGAGGCCUGGCGGGAGAAGUACGUCAUCACUUCUGGCGCAUAUGUGGAGCUGGUCGAGAAGGACGAAGAUCCGAGAGAAGACCUGGACGAGAGACAGAAGGUGCAGAAGUACUUAUACGAAAUGAUUCGGUUUUACAAGGUUGACCCACGCCGUGUCGAUCACGCCUUCUACGGCCUAUAUUGUGCGGACUCCGAGGACGUGAAGGCAACCAAGCAACAGUACGUCAACUAUCUUAUCUUCCGAGGGAACCGAUUUGACGACCUUGCAAUGGGGCUCGACACCGCUCUUCUGAAGGCCGACAGGGAGGGCGUGACCCAGGAGUAUGUGAAGGAGGUCCGCAAGCCCGAAAACCGCGUGCUUUUUGCUGUGCGUGUGUUGGCGUCGCUGCAGGGUUGCAACGAGCCUGAGCUCGACCACGAGGCAGAGCGGUGGGAAGUGUCGGAGGAACGGGUACAAGCAGCAUACGUAAAGUAUAUCGGGGUCAGCGAGCAGCGGCGGAAGACCAUAUUCAACAUGUACAACUUCGUGCAACAGACGAAAAGAGCUUCGAAGUCGAAGAACGGGAAAGAAAGCAAGCAUUGGGGCCAGAAGCGCAAUGCUGUAUUGAACGUUCUCUUUGCAGGUCUGGGAAUUAGAAUGGAGGAAAGGGGAAGAAAGAGCAAUGGAAUAUACCGAUCUCCCCACGUGCUUACGCCUGGACCAUGGAAGGAGGUGCACUCACGGUAUGGCGUGCUACCCGAGAGGCAGUUUGAUAGGUCUGAGGAGGUUUGUAUGAUCGUACCACGGUAGACUUUAAAUGCUGGUUGGAGUUGAUUGAAGGAUAAACUUCCGUGUAAAAGUCGUUUUGCGGCCACUUGUGUAUGCUCAUGCUCGGACCGGUUUCCGAUGUGGCUCUUGCCGUC